AAAAUAUUUCUUCAUGGCUGACAAUGAGAAUGUGGUAUUUCGCCAGCAGCUACUAUCAAUUGAUGAAAACUUAGGGAAGGAAGAUGUAGAAGACCUGAAAUUUCUCUGUUCUGAUUUCAUCUCAUUAAAGAAGCUGGAAACAGUGAAAUCAGCCCAGGAUAUUUUCCAAUUUCUCAUCAAUGAGGACUUAAUUAAUAAGGAUGAUACUUUUCUCAUAGCAGAGCUUCUCUACAUUAUUAGGUGUAACUUUCUGCUCCAGAAACUUGGUUAUACUAAAGAGAUUGUUCAAGAAGAACUGCCUAACAGAGGAAAGGUAUCUAGUUAUAGACAGUUGCUGUAUGAAAUAGCAGAAGAGCUCACAAAGGAUAACGUGAAGGAUGCUGCCUUUCUUCUGAAGGCCGACCUCCCAAAGAAGCAACCCAUUAUGUCGGCUUUGGAGUUGCUAACUUCCCUGGAGAAGAAAGACCUUCUACAGGAGUCUGACCUGAGUAUUCUUGAAUAUAUCUGCCAGAAAACAGCACCUCAUCUCCUGAGGAAAAUAGAGAUAUACACACAAGCAAAAGUGCCUCAUCAAGAAAACAAAGAAACUGUUCCCUCUUCUGUUUGUGCCUUUAACAUGCCAGUUUUGGGAAACACUUCUCUCCAGAACCCUGUUCCACCAAAGAAUCAUGAACAUCUUUACAAUGAAAUGUUUGGGAGCCUAGAAGAGCACGUUGGAAUGGUUUAUUCUUUAGCUGAAAAUCCAGAUCUCAAGGCAGAACCUGUGCUUAAUUUCUUGGGACAGGGAUUGCAACAAACUGUCAGGAAGACUGAUACAUUGAAUCAGUAUAAAAUGGAUGGGCAGUACAGAGGAUAUUGUCUUAUUAUUAACAAUGUCAACUUUGAAGGUAACCUCAGAAAAAGGAAGGGAUCUGAGAAAGAUGCCAUGGAGCUGAAACGUGUGUUCACCUGGCUUGGCUUCAAAGUGAAAAAGUAUGACGACCAGACUUCCACAGAAAUUGGAAAACUUUUGCAGUUCUGGCAGUUUUCUGAGGACUGGAAAGAGAGUGAUUGUCUGGUAUGCUGCAUUCUGUCUCAUGGAAAAUCUGGGAAAAUUUUUGGGACAGAUGAAUGUCUGAUUCCAAUCCGUGCCAUCACCUCAUACUUCAAAGCCAACAACUGCCCAUUGUUGGCUCAGAAACCUAAGCUCUUCUUCAUCCAGGCAUGUCAGGGUGAAAAGUCACAGCAGCCAGUCUUCCUCCAGGAAGAUGCCUCAUUUGAACCAGAUGCACAGAGUUCAGGAUUUGUGUCUUCCCAGCAGCUCACCUCAAGUAUUCCAGAUGAAGCAGAUUUCCUGCUUGGCAUGGCCACUGUAGAUGGCUAUCUCUCUUUCCGACAUGUCCAUGAAGGGACUUGGUACAUUCAGGCUCUUUGCAGCAAGUUGCAGCUCCUGGUGCCAAGAGGUGAAGAUAUAUUAUCCAUUCUUACAGAAGUCAAUGAAGAAGUGAGCAAACGUGCCGAUGCUCAGCGCGAGAGGAAACAAAUGCCCCAACCAGCUUAUACUCUCAGGAAAAAAUUGAUCUUCCCUGUGCCUAAAGAACCUUUUGCACCAUCAGAACAGAGUUCAGACAUGCAAUAAUUUAGAUUGCUGGGGACUUAGAGAGAGAAGGGUGGUGAGUUCAAAAAGAACUCUUCUCUCUUGUGUUCAUUAAUUCUUCGUUGUGCUUUGAACAGGAAUACCCGUUGUCUUCUCAAAGCUGUUUGAUGUUUAAGAAGAUGAAGAGGCAGGCACUUUUCCCCAUCUGCCACUCAUUGCAUAUGUCAAAAAUGAUUUGAAUGAUCAGCACAUUUCUUGAGUGAGCCUCCUUUUCUAGAGCUGAAGGGUAUCAGAUGUGGUCUAACUAGGUUUGCUUGAUGACAGUCAUUGAUCCUCAGGGGUAUAUCUCCAAACCCAGCAGCAAUUUUUGUGGGUUAAACACAGUGAUCUUUUUUAAUACAACCACAUUUGCAAUAAAUAAAUUAAUAUGCCCUUCAGCUAUUAAAUACAGUGGAUACUCUGCUAUAUUUAUUUAACGCUUAUUGAGGCAGAGAAGAUGCAGCUUGGAGAACUGCUGCCUUAUGUUAAGAAAUCUUGAUUGUAGAGCUUGCCUAAGUUCCAACUCUCUUGCAAGAAGCUAAUGAAAUCCAGAACAAAAUCCAUAUAAAAGACAGAACCUGGUAGUACUGUUUCCCCUGUUCAAUGGGAAAAUGUUUCCCCUAAUCCACAGAGUGGGUAUGGACUGUGCAUUGUAAAUGUACAGUUCCAUACCUGUACAUUGUAAAUGUACAAUUGUAAAUUGAACAUCUGAACAGUUGCAUUACAUUGAGGAGAAGGAAAGUGAAAUGAUAAAUUACAAAGUGUUUUUAAAGCAGUGAGAUAAGACUUCGGUAAAGAAAUAAUGAUAAAUAAUUAUACAUUAUUGCAAAGACUGGCCAAGGAGGAUGCAAAUAGGCAAAUCUCAAGCCAUUAAAAAACUUGUAUCAGGAAAGAAGUAACAGAAGUCUUGAUUUGCUAUAUAUUUUGGGGGGAAAAGUUUGUACAUAUAUCUUCUAGAAAACAGGCAGAAUCUCACACGUAGACUCACAUUCCAGGAUUUAGAGCCAAAUAGGAGGUUGGAGCAAAUCUGGGGCCAUGUGCACACCUUAAAGAAGCUGUCCUUUCCUGGAUGUGCUCAAUAGCUAUACAAUCCCAUGAACAUAUGGGUUACGGAAGCACCAAUAGUGCCUUUUGGCUUCAGAUCUGAAGUGCUAUGUAUCUCUAAAAUUCAGCUCCUUUUUAUUGAUGAUCAUUUCAGUGUUUUAAGUACACUGUGCAACAGUUGCCAAACAUAAUGAGAACAGUUCUAGAUAGAUGGUUCUACAUCCCCAGGUGGGCUUCCAAGGAAAUACUGGAGCUAGUUCAUAAAAACUUCAAUGCAGAAGCUUGGGUCUCUGAUAUUUAAGGUUCUAACAAAUAAUAUUUUAGUUAUAAUUUGACAGCUUAUGUUUUAUUUUGUCUAGUCGUUUAGUUAUGGACUUAAAUCUACAGGACCAGGUUAUGCCCUUUUUAUAUAAUGUAUAUCAUAACAUGUCCACCAUCUGGCCAAGGAAACAUUUAUUCUAUUUGUCAGCUAAUGAGGGAAAAAUAUGGCACAAAACUAUUGGGCAGUAACUGAUAAAAAUAAAGUGAAAAACAUAAUGAUACGUGUAUGUAAGUAAUCUUUAACACUUCUGGUCUUCCAGCUUCGGCCUG